UAAUUUGACAACAACUUACUUUGAACAGGUUUUUCAGAUUGUACCAUAUGAUAUCAAGAAGUUUAAUGGGAAAGGUAAACCAUGUCGUCUGGAUCGCAGGAUGAGUUCACUCCACCAUUUAAUAUAUUUGAUAUGUUAGGUCUUACUCCUGGAGAAUCAGCUAAAAGUUUUGCAGAAAUCUGGUACCAGGUAUUUUUAUGGGCCUUGUUUACCUCUAUCUUUGUUCAUGCCAUAGCAGCCAUCUUAGCCUUUGUACGUCUAAGAAAACAUAAGAUUGGACGAUGGAUGUCACUGGUCAUUAUAGUGAUGGGAGUUUUGUGUCCAUUAACAGGUGGUGUUAUUACAAGUGCUACAAUUGCUGGAUUUUAUCGUGGAUCUGACUUUGAGAUGAAACCAUUUAUUGCCUUGUUAUGGGGAUUAGGACAAACUGUAGUGGUGAUAGUUGUAUCAUUCAGUAGAAUUCUAGCUACAUUGUGAUGAAGGCUACAACACCCUGUCUGUCACAAGCAUUAGGAACAUCAAUUAAUUCAAAAUUGUGAGGCCGUUCAAGCCUAUCCGAAUGUAGCAUCAUUAUGAUAAAGGCCAUGUUAUCAUGUCUGUCACAAGAAUUAUGACUGUAAAAGAAUGAAGAGUGCCUAUCUGAAUGAGAAUAUAACUGCAGAAUAAACAUAACAUUUCAAGCUAUGAACUUUCAGAAUACUGCUGUCCUCCUACUCAUCAUAGUAAUCAAGUCAUGAUGUAUCAAAAAAAGUUAUAAGUAUUAAAAAAGACUAUUAUACAGAUAUGUAUAUGGAUUUUGAGUUCAAUGUCAUUGUCAGUUGUAUGUGUUUUGUUGGUUAGAACAUACACAAGUUUGUGCAUUUCAUUUCUAGUCAGGAUAAUUUUACUUAAUCAGAAUGUUAGUUCUAGCUCAAAGCUUCAGAUUAGCUGAUAUUUUCUCAUAGCACGAAAGUUGAAGGUGGGUAAUAGAGUUGUCUGUCCCAUCUGAAAAACUUUUUUUUAUGCACCAAAGAUUUCAAGUUUCACAUUCAGUUAACAUCAUUCAGUGCUUGGCUUAAACAUUUUUUUGUGUCUAAUUUCAUUAUUACAGCAUAGCUUGAGAUAUUAUAGCCUGGGGUCACUUAAUAUCCAAUUUUCAUUGAGAUAUACUGUUUGCAAAGAAAUUAUAAGUUUUUUUUUCAUUCAAGACUGCCAAUUUUGUUUAAAUUCUCUACUACAGUGUUUAUAUUUAUAUAUAGAUG